UCUUUUGUCAGUUCAACUACUUAAUCGCACUGGAGAAAGAGACAAGGAGCCUGCUCUGCCACCUUCAGCCCCCGACCCCACCCCACUCCCCCCUGCCCUGCCCUGCUGGAGGGUUCCAGGAGACGACAGACAGAAGAAUGAGCACCGACAGGUCAAAAGGCUGGGCUGAGGAGAGCGUCAGCGCCACACAGCCAGGGUGGGUGCUGCCAAGUGAAAAUCCUCACUCUUCCGGUGAAACUUCUCUGGGUGCAGCACGACAGGAGGAGUUUGGAAAGCCUGCACCACGCCCCCCACAGUUGCCACCUCUCAAACCGUCAGCUAAUCACACCGUCUGUGUCGAGGAAUCGGCUGUUAGACUUGGAAAAGUGGUACCUGUUCAAACUGCAAAUGCAGCGGAGUUCUGGAAGUCUGACUAUGUGAAAAUGCCGUUUUCAAACCACAGUAGGCAAACCAGGCCGACAUACUUUAUGCACCGUGUUGAAGUCAGUCGGUGGAUGAUUAUUAAAGCGGCUCUUAACAAGGACAGGUUCGAAACGUCAAAGGAUUUAGAGAAUGCUAUUAAAGAAUACAAUCAAAAGUAUGCCCAUCUUUGGAGAUUUUCUGGACUCCACAAACACUUUGACCAGUUGUCUGAUGGUGAACGUCAGUAUCUGCUGGGAACUCUCCUCCCAGGCAUGGCGAAACUGGCUCUACAGUUACCAAAACUAUGUUCCAAGCCCAUUCCGCUCCUGAAACAAAGUAAGGCCCACGCCAUCACCAUGUCCCAGGAGCAAAUCGCCUGCCUAUUGGCCAAUGCGUUCUUCUGCACCUUUCCGCAUCGCAACAGCACACAACCGAAUUCCGAGUACCGCAGCUUCCCGGACAUCAACUUCAGCAGGUUAUUCGCGAACUUCUCACAGAGGAUGUCGGAGAAACUGAAGACCAUUUUCUGUUACUUCAGCAAGGUUACAGAAAACAUGCCCAAGGGACUGGUUACAUUUCAAAGAUGCUGCUUAAAUGAUUCCGUUGUUUGGAGGAGAUCUCCAUGUAAACUGACGCAACUUAGGGUCAGCAGUGAAGGACGGAUCGAGGAGGAGGAACAAGGUGAACUGCAGGUGGAUUUUGCUUCUCCGAUGGUGGGUGGUGGUGUUCUGGGAUCCGGCCUUGUCCAGGAAGAGAUCCGAUUUCUGAUCAACCCGGAGCUGAUCGUGGCUCGGCUCUUCACCGAGAAACUGGCUGACAACGAGUGUCUGGUUAUCACUGGAGCGCAGCGCUACAGUGAAUAUGGCGGAUACAGUGACUCGUACAGAUGGCUGAGAUAUCACAAUGAUGAGACCCCAAGGGAUUCGUGGCUGAGACUUUGCACGGAGAUAGUGGCCAUUGAUGCUCUUAACUUUCGGAACCCCAUGGACCAGUACAAAAUCUGUUACCUGGAUAGAGAGCUGAACAAGGCCUACUGUGGAUUUUCUACCGUGGAUCGUGUGGUACUAGCCAGGCACAGACCAGCCAUUGCCACGGGCAACUGGGGCUGUGGAGCUUUCAAGGGGGAUGCAAAGCUUAAAGCUCUCAUUCAGCUCAUGGCUGCAGCUCAGGCACAGAGGGAUGUGGUCUACUUUACUUUCGGGGACACUGCCCUGAUGAGAAGCAUAAGUGAAAUGCACCAGGUUUUGCAGAGGAGUAAUGUCACAGUGGGGCAACUUUACAACGUUUUGGCGAAGUACUCGAGGACAGCUUUGGGAGUGAGCAUGGGCAGCGAUCUCUACGAGUUCAUUCGGAGCAACGUGGCUUGUCCAAAGGGAAGGAUCUGAUCACUGGCUAGGGCCAAGAGGUUCUGUUUAAAAGGUGAAAGCAAAUGACCAGACAGAGACCUCAUGCACUGUUUGGAGAGAGGAUCAAACUGAGAAUUCCCUCCUCAACUCAAUAGGAUCUCUGAACGCUGAAAAUCAGGGGCUGUGGAUAUAUUAAGAAAACAGUAAUAGUCCUUAAAUAUACCUUUACCAGGGACAGCAUUUACAACAGCUUUACUGGUUUAGGUAGGGACUAAACCAUGUCACAGCUCAGAUCCUCUACAAAUACCUUUCUGCCUAACCCUCUCAAAUCCAUCCGAUUCUGCAUUCCGAUGAUGUAAAAGUUAAAACUGUGUACAAGCUGAAUGUUAAUGAGAUUGCCCCUUAUCUACAAAUUAUUAACUUUUCUGUUGCGUUAGAGAGAAUUGCGCCCCGUGAGAUUGGCGGGAUUAACUGUGAUUUUCCAUGUGCAGUGCACUGCCAACACGAUGUUGAAGAGCUAGAAAAUGAGAUGGGAGUGUUACAGCCAUCCAGUGCACCUAAUCCCUGGAUGCAAAUACUUACAGCUUGUCCAAUUAUUUAACAGUGGUGUAGUCGAGCACUUAAAUGACUGUGACAAAAACAAUAGCAGUCUUCCCUUGAACACCCUUUGAUGACCUGUCUUUGUGCACCAGAGCGGCUUUCCCUGGUGACUUGAGACUUGGCCGGAGCUAUUUCCUCAAGUCCGGAUGGGAUAAAAGCGAGCAAGGUCACCGUGGAGAACGACAACUCGUGCCUGGGUUCCGAUAGGUGCAAAGUCACCCCUGCCACCUUGCUAAAAAAUAGCCAUUCUCCACACAUGCCUGGGGGGUCAAACCAGGUCACAGUUGAGUACAGUCCUUCUCUCUCUCACACACACACACACACUUGGGUUGAACUCGGAAAGGAAAUCUUAACUGAUUUUGUUUCUCUUCCUAGCACUUAGUAGCUGCAGUACCCCCUCUCUCCCACCCUUGCUGAAUUCAACUAACUAUAGACCUUGUGUUCAUUGGCUUUCCCAAUGCCUUGAUGGGUCAGUGCUCCCAUGUUGCAGGACCAGACCAUAAAGGUCCCAAGAUCUGACUUGAGCCAUAGUCACCACGGCACAGGAGGCCAUUCAGCCCAUCGAGUGCUCUGUACAGCUAUCCAAUCAGUCCCAUUGCCCCGUAACCCUGCAAGCUUAAUUCCCUCAAGGGCCCAUCCAAGUUCCUUUUGAAAUCAUUCACCGUCUCUGCUUCCACCACCCUCGUGGGCAGCGAGUUCCAGCUCGUUCCCACUCGCUGUGUAAAAGAGUUCUUCCCCCACCCCAUUUCUCUCACCCAAAACCUUAAAUCUGUGUCCCCCUCGUCCUUGCACCUAGGCUGGUGGGGUGGGGGUGUAGGGAAGAACGCCUCCUGACUGCCGAUCACCAUCCAGCAUUGUGAAGCGUGUGCGUGCCGAGACUAGGUUCAAGCAGGAUUGGGUAUUCCCCCAAUUCAGUACCUCCCCUCUGGACUCCCAUAGAGAACCCCCUUGGAGGAGGGAGGGACGGCCAGUGUGAUUGACUUCACAACGAGAGAUUGCCUUGAAAUGGGGAGUAGAUCGGGGGGAAGAAAGUAGUACUUAAGAGUUACGGCCCAUUUAACCCCUCCCUAGCUUGCAGGGGAAGCAAGUUCACUUGCUCAGAAAGGUGACUGAAAAGGCUGGUGUUCCUCACAGGCUGGAGAGCGUGGGCCAGAGAAGAGGGAGUUUGACGGAGAAUGUUUGACAUGCCCCAGAGGGAUGAGCAGAAUUAGUAUUUGACCGGAGAACCAUUCACCAAAACCAGCAAGGUCAACGUAAACAGGUUUUCAACUUGUGUGAAAGGGUACAGUAAAAUAAUCGCUCUCGGCUUUGAUCGCUCCCUUCUGUGCAGUAACUGCCACAGCAGUCACUCGUUUAAUAUUCCUCUCCAAGUUACCUCAGUCUUGAUUGUGAAGAGCACUUGAGUUUCCUCUCACCUCCAACAACACUUAAAGGUUCCAAUAGCAGUCUUCCUAUUGAACUGGUCUAGGUUUUACAUAGAGUUUUGCUGCUACACUGGUAGGAGGACGAGAACGCAAACAUAUUUCAGCAAGACUCAUUUAUUAACUCUCAGAUACUCCAGUAAUCCCAAAUUUCCACAAACAGGACUUUGCUUAGGGGUUUACGAAUCAACACCAACCAAAGCACCAGCUAUAAUAGUGCAUAAUGCUUAUAAAGUUUCAAAACAAACUGUGUGCAAUUAGAACUGGCAGAAAUAAAAUCUGCAAUUGCUUGUGGAUCACCGUGACUCUUAAAAACCUCAAAGCAUUAAAAAAUAUUUUUAAAA